AUGAUGAAAUCUGGUUGCGAAUCGACUGGUGAAUUUGAUAAUUUGCUAUUAUCGACUGUUCGACAAGGAGACGUUAAUUUAUUAGAACACCAUUUAUCUACAGUGUCCAAUCCUGCUUUGUACUUAAAUCGACUAUAUGAUGAGAGAAAUUCACAAAAAUGCACUGUUCUGAUGAUUGCUUGUUUAAAUGAUCAUAGAGAUGUGAUGCGCAUGUUGCUUCAACGUUACAAACCAGAUCUAGAAGUACUCAAUAAUAUUACUUUCGGAGAUUUCACUCCAAGUCGACAAAUAUUCUUCAAUAUUUCGGUGCUGUGGGCAGCUACAUCGAUUAAUAAUUUCGACAUGGUAAAAUUACUAGUCGAACAUGGAGCUAAUGUUAAUCAUCGAACUCGAACAGGUUCAACACCACUACGUGGUGCUUGUUACAAUGGGAAUGUGAGCAUGGCUCGUUAUUUGAUUGACAACGGUGCUAAUAUACAUCUCAACAAAGAAAACAAUGAUACAAAUCUAAUGGUGAGCGUAUGCCAUAAACAUCGCCAUAUGGUUACGUAUCUCGUGGAUGAGUUAAACUGUGAUGUAAAUGAAUGUGAUGCCAAUGGUCGUUCAUCGCUUUACGACGCUGUUGUUUGUGCUUCCAUUGAACUUGUAGAAUUUUUGCUAAAACGUGGAGCCCAUAAUUUUCGCGCUAUUGUCGACCAAAUGAGUCCAUUAAUGUGGGCAGCAGAAAAAAAACGACCAGAUCUUGUAGAUAUUAUUUCUCCGUACAGCUCAGUACUUGAAAGAAUAGAAGCUCAAGAGCUGCUUGGUAGUGCGUUCGCUUGUACUAACCGUGAUAAUGAUGAUCUUAAUCAAUCGUUUAACUGUUUUUCUCGAGCACUCGAUCUCAGAACGACUCACAAUCUUUCAAAAGCUAUGACAACAACUACCCAUACAAUCUUUCAUAAUCGGUAUGAGUGUCAAACAAUCGAUCAACUGGAAAAAAUACGUACGAAUACAGAACUAAUGCAUAUUGAAGGUUUGUUGGUACGUGAACGAUUGCUUGGGCCAACUAAUGGAGAAUAUCGUUAUUCGUUAUGUUAUCGCGGUGCUAUACUAGCCGACAUUGGACAGUACCAUGAGGCAGUUACCUAUUGGAUAUACGAACUUGGCUUGUGUCAACAAUAUUCAAUUUCAAUUGAUUCAAAACAUUUGCGUCGUUUUGCAUCACUUUUUAGUAGAAUGUUAUACAAAACAAAAUCAAUACCAACGGAAGCAAUAAUCAUAGUAAUAAAAGCAAUAUGUUCAGAACUAGAACGUGAUAAACAGAAUUUCAAUGACAAUCUUUUUACUUUACUUUUCCUAAUAACAAUAACAAGCCAGUAUUUGAUAGAAUGCGCUAUCUCCAUCGCGGAAAAAGAAUUACUGUUUCAUAUUCUUCGUUCUAUUGUUCAACAUCAUUACACUCAGAUUGACUCCGGAAUGUCUUUACUACAUCUAUCUGUGGAUAUUCGUACACGGGUAAAUGAUUAUCAUAUUAAACAUAUUUGCAAAUAUCCGUGUUUGCAGACAACUCGUAUGCUUUUAAAAUGUGGUGCCAUUGCAAAUGCAUUCGAUAUUCUACAAAAUACACCGCUACAUGUUAUUGCUUCAAGUAAAUCUGCCAGUGAUGAGCCCUUAUUGAAUCUUCUUUGUGACGCUGGGGCUCAUAUAGAUUUUGCGAAUGUGUCGGGAGAGACCCCUGCCGACUUAUCUGCAAUACCGGAGAUAAAGCAAUUAUUAAAAAGGAGAUUCAAAUUAAAUUUGAAAUGUAUGUGUGCACGCUUGAUACGAAAGAAAAAUUUGUCGUUUCACGGUACACUUGCUGUUUCGCUUAUGAACUUUGUUGACAAACAUUAA